GCUCUAUUUAACAGCGCCACUAGAUAUUGGCACGUGAGCGGUUAGUGUCUAUCCGUGGUGGCAGAGCUCGGAGAGGAGAUAAAACCGUAAAGAAGGGCAGCCAUGUCUGACAGGAAGGCAGUGAUUAAGAAUGCUGACAUGUCGGAGGAGAUGCAGCAGGAUGCCGUGGAGUGCGCGACCCAGGCUCUGGAGAAGUACAACAUCGAGAAGGACAUUGCUGCAUAUAUCAAGAAGGAGUUUGACAAGAAGUACAAUCCCACUUGGCAUUGCAUUGUGGGGAGGAAUUUUGGAAGUUAUGUCACCCACGAGACGAAGCAUUUCAUCUACUUCUACCUGGGCCAGGUGGCCAUCUUGCUGUUCAAAUCUGGCUGAAAAGUUUGGUGACCGUACCCUGGCAGUCAACCGACAGCAAUCGGACUCUCCCGGAAUGCUUCUCUCUUGGCCACGAGGACCUGCAUUUUCUUUGCUGCUUUACGUUACUACUUGUUAGAAAUGGCAGCGUAAAAACAUAUUUAUUUUUGUUUUUCUAUUCUGCAAAUUUAGCAACACUCAAAAUAAAUUUUCUUUUUUUUUUUUUUUUUUUUGUACUAAAGUUGUGUGUGUCUGAAUUGUUUUACAUUUUAUUAGCACAUACCGCCUGCUUCCAAUUUUGGCUUCUGACUGUGGGGAAUUAGCCUCAUUUAGUUGUUUCACUGCUUAUACUACUGUGGAUUUGGAGUAGAUCACCGUGGUACCCUUUUUAGCCAAACAAUAGGGAUGCUUGGGUUUCAGUGUGUCGUUUUGUAACUUGACCCGAGAACCUUCGGCUUAGUUACGACAGUGGAGAAACCCAGUAAACGGAGUCCAUGUGGAAGUAUUGUUGAGGGUUGAAUGUACAGUCCCUGCAGAAAGGACUGAACCAUCUACUUUUUCCAUUGUUUUGUGAAUCAUUAUGUAAACUGUAGAUUCGUGAAAAAAGAAUGUCCAUGUGUUAAAAUCACAGUAAAACCUGAUGAAAACCAA